UUAAACGGGGGGCACGUAACGUUGAUGUUAUUGUUGUUAUAGUAUGCGCAGCGCACUUGAGAAUUGUCAUUGUUUUUGUUGCCGCACUGUUCUAGUUAUUCAUUUUCGCGCUCGCUCUCACUUGUUGGUAUCAUCGCUCACUUACUAGCCGCACAGACUUUUCCCCAAUUGUGUCUCUGUUUGUUCCGUUUGCGUUCGCGUUCCGUUUGCGUUCGUUCGCGUUCGUUCAUUGAUUUCCUAAUUAAGUUUAUAAUUAAAAUUAAUUGAAAAAUUACCCACAUAUGCAUAUACACGUAUAUAAUGUACACACAUACGUAGUUGAUAUGAGAAAUGUAAAAGUGGCGCGCGAUGUUGUAACAUCGAAAAUUGAGCGUCUAUUAAAAAUGGAAUGAAUGAAGAAAGCACGUUAAAAAUUUAAACACUGAAAUUGUGCCAAAAAAAAAAAAAAAUACAUCGAGACUCUCAAAGAGGUGGUCUCCUCAAAAAUAAAUGUAAAGGUGUGGCAACUCUAGGCAAAUGAACUGUUUUACCUGCACACACACACACAAUCACAUGUACGCGCGCAUACACAAACACAAGCGCGCAGUCAACACACAACGGAUAAUUUAGUGGAAUUUUCGAAAAUAGCAAAGGAAAGGCAACCAUAAUCCUCAAGAGCGAGCAGCAGCAGCAGCAGCCUCAUUCGCUACAACAACAAUAACAGGCAUAAUAAUCAAAGAUUAAAUCAGGUUUAUAUAUAUGGAAGGGUUAAAAAGAGCAAAAGCAGCCUGUCACAGGAAGAAAUACACGUUUCCUAGUCGCAAAGCUACACCAACAACAGCAACAACAACGAACAACUGAUUUUGAUUACAACUACAAGGAGCGCGCGCUACACAAACGCAACUCACACAAUCACAGAAGCAUGCAUACAACUUACACUCAGACGUGACUUGCGCUCCCUGAAAGCGAGAGCGAGAGAUAAAGAGAGUGAGCAUACGAGCGUCUAUGUGUGUGUUGUUGGGAAAUUGAGAGAGAGCGAAAAAACACAGAUUAACUAGCGUGCUCAGUUUUUGUUUGCGCUCAGUUCUCAUUCGAGUGCGGUGCGGUACGGUUACGUUGUCGCUAUUUACAUGGAUGGAUAGCGGUUGAAAAAUAUAACAUAAGAUUUUCCGCUAGGCGACAACGUACAUUGUAUAUGGGCGGCACAUUUGUUUUGAAAGCAAAUUGUAAGAAGAAAAACGAAAUAUAUACAUAUAAUAAAAACUAACGUCGCGACCGCGCCUCGCUUUUUAUAACACUUAUUUCGUGUGUAUGUAUGUGUGAUUGUUUGUGUUCUGUAAGCAAGCAGAAUCAAGUGAGAAAAUAGUGAAAAGAAAAUAAAUAUAAUAAUAAUAUCAAUAAUAAUAAUAAGAUAGCCCAAAGACAGCCCAGACCGCAAAGUAAAGUAAAGGCAGGCAAAGCAGAGACCAGUUUCAAAUCGCCGCCUAUUUGCAGGGCAAUACACGCUGCGCUGCCGUCGUCGCAGUCGCCGUCGGCAGAAGCAGUGCAUGUGCGCUAUAUGUGUAUGAAAGAGCCAGCGAUAGUUUUGAGUGUGAGCAAGGAGGAAGGGGCAAUGGCAGUGGCAGGCAAUUGAACGUGCAUACACACACAUGUGCACAUGCUAGCCAAGACAGCAACAACAACAAGAGAAACAAGCAGCGACCACAUACGGUGAAAAGGCCGCGUCGCCGUCUCAAGGAGCGAAAGGCAGCAACACUGAGUAAACGAGCGAGCGAGAGAGAGAGAAAGAGAGAGGCAGCAGCUAUAAGAAUAAUAAAUUACACUUUGCUUUUGCUAUAAUAAGAAGAAAAAUUUAUAUACACACACAAACACACACAUGGGCAAGUAAUGUUUUUAUGUACAUGUGUGUGCGGGGGAAAAUUGUAAUAAAAUAUGAACGCACGAAAAACGCUGGAGAUGGAAAACUAAAAGUAAAUUUCAAAACAGCAGCAGCGAAGCAAUCGAAGAAGAAGAAGCAGCAGCGAAUAUGCAGCUGUAUGUGUAUGUGAAUUAUUAACUGCAAAUCAAAAGCAGAGCGAAUAAUAAAAAUAAAUAAAAAUUCAAUGUGCCAUAAAUUUUGAACGAGAUCAACAACAACACAACUAUUACUAUGCAAAAGGAGCAGCUUUAAACAAAAUAAGAAAAUAAAAUAUACAUAGAUAUUUAUAAGAGUUAUACAUAUAUACAAUAUACAGUAUUAGCAACAACAACAACCAGAAAAUGUCCUGCAUAUCGAGCAACUUUAGCUCAUUCUUUCUCAACUCGGUGAACGAUCCUUCAGAGUUUUCCAAGUACUUGAGCAAUGGCGAACUCAAAUGCACAAAUUUCGAGGAAUUUCAAGUGUUUGCUGCGCAGUCAACGCAACAGCAGCAGCAGCACCAACAACAACAACAACAUCUUUCGCAACAGCUGCAACAACAACAACAACAACAACAGUAUUUACACAUAAAUGGCGCAGAAUUCGGAUAUGAAGCAGCAGCAGCAACAUCGCAGUCGCCGUCACUGUCGACAGCGCUGCCGGCGUCGCAGCCGCUGUUAAGCAAUCGCUGGCCCACAGCGGUGGCCACGCCAAAUGGACACCACAAUUCAGCCGCUGCUGCUGCUGCUGCGGCGACAGCUCAACAUUUUGACGGUUCCUUUGAGUUUAUCAAAUAUCUGCGUCACUCCACAGACUUUACGCCCAACAGCAGCAGCAGCAACAACAACAACAUUGCCAGCAGCAGCAGUGGCAGCGCUGCUGAUGGCGACAGCGCUGCUGCCAGCGUAGAGAAAUGCAGCAAGUUGGCAGCGUCAGCGGGCAGAGUGGCAACCCCACCCCUAACACUGCCCGCUUCGCCGGUGGGCGCAAGUGGUGGAAGUGGAGUGGGAUUAUUGGAUCUGGACUCGACGAGCAUCGCACAAAAGUCGCGCUCUGCUUCACGCAAAGUGGCCGCCAUGCUGUCUUCCGUUUCCCGUUCUUCCAACAGCUUGGAUGCAAACUCUUCCACGCUGGAUGCGGUGUUCGAUCACGACUCGAAGCAAACCAUGUUUGAGUUGCAGCACAUGACGAGUGCCUCGAAUGGUUCGAAUGGCUCCAAUUCGAAUGAAUCCUCGCUGGAGCUCUUGGCGUUUCCCAGCUCCCAUCUGAAUGCCUCCAAUUCGAACACCUCGUCCGAAGAGCAUUGCGGCAGUGCUGGCGAAUUUGGAGGCUUGUUAAGCGGUGCCAGUUGUUCGUCCGCCUCGGCAGCGGCGCCCAAGUUGUUGGGUUCGUUUGUGAUCAAGGAGAACUUUGAGGUGCAUCCCUCGCACAAGGUGGAGGAGGGCAUCUUUCAGCACAUGAAUAAGUUGCCUUCGAAGAAGAAGGAUACGCUGAAGCAGUUGGGCGUUCGUUUCACUGGCCAAAUGACAUUGACGGACAAAUCGAUUGUUGUCGAAAAUUUCAUCAAAUUUUGCGAGGAAUAUGAUAUCAAGGAUCAUCGACCAUGGCUGUCCUUAAAUCAAUGCGGCCUCAACAAACCCGAACAAAUCAAAUUUGCGCGCUAUUUGGGCCAAGGGUUGCCAACGUUCACGCUAUUUUGCAUUUAUAGCAACUUUAAGAAUCUUUUCUGCACCAAACGCACAGAAAUCUAUACCAAGGAUGGCUACAAUCUGCCUUAUAUACUCGAUAAAACCAAGCGCUUCCUGGCCAACACAACAGCUGACCUCAAGAACAUGGCGGCCGCCAAUGACGGUACGCUCGAGUUUGCCAGUAACAGCAGCAGCAGCAGUAAUAGCAACAACAACAUGAACAACAACAGCAGCAUUAACAAUAACAGCAGCAGCAGCGUUAACAGCAACAGCAGCAGCACCACUAACAGCAGCACCACUAACAGCAGCACCAUCAGUUUGUCCAACACUGUUAACAGCUAUGUAACUGGAGCAUCGAACGCUGCUCAAGCGCUGGACUCUCGUUAUAGUGGUGGUUGUAUGGCCGCAUCACUGUUACCGCCGCCACCUUCGAUGCCCCCGCUGGGUCCACCACCACGUUCGCUGGAACAGCUGAUCAUCUAUGAGAAUUUCAAUGUGCAUGAGACGCAUCGCAUUGAAGAUGGCGUCUGUACGCACAUCAGCCGCCUGCCGCCCAAGAAGCAGGAGCUAUUGAAACAGUUCGGUAUACAGAGUAGUAGUCAGCAAUGUCUGAGCAAUUAUGAAAAGUGCAUACUCAUCGAGAAUUUCAUCAAAUUUUGCAAUGAAUAUCAGAUAUCCGAUCAUCGACCCUUUUUGGACUUCCACGAGAGCGCUUUAUCCAAAUGUGAGCAACUUAAAUUUGUACGAUAUCUGGGCCAGGGGUUAUCCAAUCUGACGCUAAACAAGAUCUAUGUAACAUUUAAAGAUCUGCUUGGCAACGGACGAGCCGAGAAAGCUGGAACCGAGAGUUAUAAUUUGGAUGUAAUUUUAAAGAAGAAACGCAAGCAUCUCUACAAUCGUCUUCAUGCGACUGCCACCAGUGUGGAUAUGACCAGCUACGAUGCAGCGCAGUCGCCUCAGCUGCAGCAUCAACAACAACAACAACAGCCGCUUCCUUUGCCAACAGCAGCCGCAGCACCACGCCCACAUCACGCCUUCGCCGCACUGACAACAACAUCAACGCCACACAGCAGCGAAGCUUCCAACGAUCUGACGCAGUACAGUUACGUACAACAGCAACGAUAAAAGCUGCCUUUGGCGCCUGCGCGAGCGUUACACAACACUACAACUGCAACUACAAGCAAAUAUACAAUACACAUACAUAUUACAUAUAUACUUCCUGGAACUGGACCAGUAACUGUUGUGUCUUCAAAACAAGAAAAAACAUUAACAAAAUUAUAUGAAACGAAUAAAAAACAUGGGGAAAUUGUUAAGCUGGCGAAGAUGCAGCUAAAUUGAAAACUAAGUGCUAAAUUACAACCAAAAAAAAACUUAAAAUAAUAACUCAAGAAAUUAGAGAAAAUUAGCGUAAAAAAAUUUAAUUUAAAUGCAAUAUAAAGGCAAUGCGAAUUCAAUUCCAAUUAGCAAACAAAACUAACACAGAAAUUAAGCCAAAAACAGUCAAAUGAGGUUGACUGUGAAAUACCCGCUUCUCAUUUUUGGAAAGUUCAAAUAACUAAGUUGAUCGAAAUAAUAAUGUUUAUAAAAAAAAAAAACUUGUAAACGCAAGGAAUUUUACAUGAAACUUUCAGAAUGUUUAAAAAACGACAUUUUUGAAUAGCGGGUAUAAAAAUACAUAAUGUAUAGGAAAAGGAAAAAUCAUCAAGAAAUCUAAGAUAAUAUUGAGUUUGUAUAACGCUUCCGGAGUGCCACAAUAAAUUGUAACUCCUGCUUCGGUUUCCAAAAUUAAUUAUUCGUUUAUUUUCCAAAAGCAUACACUAUACCGACUAGAUAUAUAGCUAUAUAUAGAAAAAUUAAGAGUAGUUUAAGAGCAACACCAAAAUUCAAAAAAAACUAAAUCAAAGACCUCCCAAGAAAGUUCCCUAAUAUGCAUAUACAACACAAACUAUAUAGCAUAUAAAUAGUUAUAGUUUGUAAGCAGACACAUAGAGCAGACGCUAAGCAGAACAUCAACAUUAAAAUGAACAUCAAAGAUUAACAAACCAAUUAUUCCUAUAUACAAUACUUAUAUACAACAAACAAAUAAUAUUAGACACAGACAAGAUUAUAAACGGAAACGCAAAAGCAAAAGUAAAAAUCAAAUAACAAGGCAAAAUAGCAAUUGUAAAUUCAUGGAUAUACAUAUACUAUAUAUAUACAUAUAUAUAUAAAAAUAACGUAAACA